AUGAACGGCUCUGGCUGGAGUCACGAGGACGCUUUUGGGCCUGCCAAAACGAGCACGCCGCCACCACCCUCUUCAAAGUUCUCGAUGCCGGUCCACACGUCGCCUCGCAACGUUUCGGGCCCCUUGGCCGUCGACAUGGCGAACCUUCCUACCGAUCCCUCCGCCGUGACUUCGCCGUGGCAGCGCGCCAACCCACACGCACCCCCUACCAACUCGAAGACAUCUCAAUACAUUGAUAAGAUCACAUCUGAGAAUGAGAGGCUGCGGCGGGAGCUCAAUGCCGAAAGGCUGGCUCGAGAAGAGGAGGCCAAAAGGGUAUCUGCAGCGCGAUCUAAAGCCGAGGACUCCCGUGCUGAAUACCAGCACUUGCAAGUGCUCGCAGAUGCCAAUGCACGAGCCAUCGAGCGCAAGGACAGGAAGUUGGAGGAGUUUAGGAAUGCAAUGGAGGCCGAAGCAAAGCGAAGAAAAGCCGCCGAGCUGCGAGCAGACGAGGCCUUGAAGAUGCUUGGAGAUACACGAUCAGAGACACAACGGCAGCUUGCGUCAGCGUACGAAAUGAAACAUCUUGCAGAAACAAACGCAGAAGCUGCACGAGAUGGGUUCAAGCGCAUUACAGACGGCUAUGAGAAAAAAUUGAAGUCCAUAAACGAGCAGCUCCACAAAUUGCGACAAGCCCGCAACGAAGAUGCCGAUAAGAUCAAGCGUCAAGCUAUAAUCAGCGAUCAACUUCAACACGAACUGACUCGAAAUUUACGCAAUGAUCAUAAGAUGGUUGAUAUGAUGGAAACUUACAAGAAGGAGCACCGCAAGGAGUUUGAUGCGCUCCUGCAUGAGGCAGAGGUCAUGCGCAAAGCAUUGCCGGAGAGGGAAAAGGAGGCCGCUCGGUUGAUAGAUGAUAUGAUAGAAACCAGGGAUAAGAUGAAAUGGGCAAUGGCCCAGAACAAGCGGCAAGUUCAAUGA